AUGUCUCCUUCAACUCCACUACGUAUUGCUCCUCCCUCUCCCCUAGCUUCACACGCCACAGGUUACGCCCCCAAUACCUCCCACACCCCUCUUUCAUCGACGUCGCAAGCUCUGCCGGCCACGGCAAUGUCAUAUGCCAUGGUGACUAAGGGCAACAAUACGCCUACUUUCCCCUCGGGAGUUUUUCAACCUCCGGUAUCACGGACCCCGCAGCAGACACCGCUACCGCAAAAUGCUCAACAACACCACCAACAACAGGGUAUCGCAAUGCAGUCAGGAUUUCAUCCACCUCAAUCUUUUCGUCCGAAUCCCCUCCAACCCCCUUUCAGCCCUUCGGGUCAACUGACGUCGGGAGCCAGCUCCUCUACCGCAAAACCCUGGCAGCCAGAUGUUUAUACCCUUCCCUUCAUACCGCAUUAUCUGCAGGCUAUCAAUACACUCCCCGCUGUGCUCGUCGCUUCUCUCCCAGCACCCUCGAUUCCUUACCACUCCUUCAUAUCUUCAUUUUGCGGUUCAGCAUUUUUAAGGCCUUUGCUACCCGCUCCUAUUGUCCCACCAGUGCCGAGCACGUCUGUACUUGUAUCAUCGUCGGACCUCACGCCAACAAUAUAUUCCGAGUACUUUUUCAAUCUGCUAUCUUGCGAGGUUUCGGCGCAACAUAAGGAAUUUCGGAAGUACGACCUUUUCAAUGUCCCGAUUUAUAUCCAGGAACCAACACAGAGCCUCUAUAGGCUUGUUGUUCCUGGUAUCCGGGAAAAUAACCCUCCAGUGCAGUUAGGAGACGUAGUAAAGCUUAGACAAGUCAGACAACCAGGAUACAUGGGGAUGGGAAGUACCUUCACCGGAUAUCAGUACGACGCCUGCAUUUAUGGUAUGGAUAAAACUGUCGGAUACAUUGUUCUUAGGGUGGAUCAUCUGGUGCUUGAAUCAGGACGCUUCAAUGUUUGUUUCGUUGUUCAGGAGAAGCAAUGGACUGGGGCCACCAGAGCCAUUGAGGACCUGGGAGCGGAGCUCAGGGGAACUAGCUCCAAGGAGGUAGCUGGGAACCCGGCUGAGGGCGCUAAGGUUAACGGAGCCGAGGCAAAUAACAGGCCUGGGGUAUUUGUAAGGCGAAUGCUGUUCCCCGAGAAGGAAGAUGGGAUAUGGCAGACGACGCUUAGUAGGGGAAUUUUUAAACGGCGGUGGUUUGAUGGGGAGCUGAAUUAUGAGCAGCAGGUAAGAGUAGCUUUUCGCUGGGCAGGAUCACGAACCGUUCUUUCUUUCUUUGCUCUUUUUUCCAUGGCUGUAUCAUAGGAGGGUGAAUCUGUGUGUUGGUAGAUGAAUUGUACUAUGAUCCGAUUUUUCUGUGGAUGGUGCAAGGAAUGACGGACUUGCCCUGGCUUAGACUGUUUUUUUCGAAGGAAAUAUGGAAGUAGAGGAAUGGAGGAAGAAGGCUAAAAGUAGUGAUGUUACAGAAAGCGGUCGAUACCAUUCUUCAGCAAAAUUACGGAAACGUUCCAUACCUGAUCUCGGGGCCUCCAGGAACAGGGAAAACGAAGACUAUUGUGGAAGUGGGUAUGGGCAGAGUUUUCAUCAUCCGAUUAUAAUUGUGCUUUUUAUUGGACAGGGAGUGCAGGCUGACCAGGGUGCGUUCAUUUCCCCUUAGCAUUGCAGCUCAUCUUCACACCUUCCAAUCCGAAGCAUCACAUCCUCCUCUGUGCGCCGUCGCAGGAGGCAGCAGAUACCCUGGCCUUGCGUUUGGUUCCGUAUCUGAACCCUAGGGUUUUGUUUCGUCUUCAAUCCAGUACCAGAACCUUCCCUGAGGUGCCCUCUGAAUUGUUGCCUUAUUCUUACAUAGCGAAUGAUAUGUUCUCACUGCCAGAAUGGAAAAAGCUCAUGGGGUUUAGGGUGGUUGUCUGUUCCACAAGAGAUGCAGAGAUAUUAGUAGAGGCUAGGUGUACUAACAGGGAUUUGGCAAGGUGGGAGAAGAGUGUUUUUGAUUCGUUGAGAGGAAUUGGAGAUGAGAGCGAUGGCAAUGACACAACGGCCAGUGGAGUGGUGGAGAAAGGGCAGAUCGUAAAUGUUCAUUGGACAGCCCUGCUCCUGGAUGAAGCGGCGCAAGGUAUCGAACCGGAGGUUGCAGUUGCAGUUUCUGUUGUAGUACCCCCGGAGGAAGCUAGCAUUGAUAGGCCAAUUUUUGUCAUGGCGGGUGACCAGAGGCAGUUGGUGAGUAAUUCUUUGUGGAUAAUGGAGAUUUUUAACAGUAGGUGUCUGGCUAACACGGGGUAACCCAGGGGCCAAGAACCGUCAGCAGGGCACCACAACUUGAUAUGAGUCUGUUCGAAAGGCUUUUCUUACGAGAGCUCUACAGCCAGCAUCCGCUGGCUAGGCAAAGCUUUACGCAUGCUUAUGAACAGAGCCCCAGGAUGUGGAGUGCGGAGAGAAUUCUAGAGAGGAAAAAGGCGCUGCUGGUACGUUCCAUGGGUCGCGGAUUUCCCUUUUAUGAUAUUGAUUACAACCUAGCCAUAUCUCCGCCCGCCGUUCACAAAUUUAAUUCGGAAUUACCGCUCUCACCCAGCAAUUCUGGCCGUACCAAGCGCUCUCUUCUACAAUGACACUCUGGUCCCUGAAGCAUCAAAUACGGAUUAUCUAGAGGGGUGGUCUGGAUGGAAGGGUAGGAGAGGGAUCCCCGUGAAAUUCUGUCUUAACGGAGGGAUGGAUGAAUGGCAUGAAGAAGGGGUCUCGUUCUACAACCUCCGCGAGAUAAAAAUUGCCUGCAAUAUAGCGAGAGACCUUGUUUCAUCUGGGCUCCUUGCGCCCCAUGAAAUUGCCAUCAUGGCACAAUUUAGGGAGCAAAUUCGGCGUUUAAGAAGAGCACUUCGGUCACCUAUAUACAAUCUCCGAGACGUGAAUGUCGGCCCUAUUGAGAGUUAUCAAGGUAGCGAGCAUAGGUUUGUUAUAAUUUGCACUACUAGGUCUCGUGAGCGUUUUCUAGAGGGAGACCUUGAAAGAGGCCUGGGCGUAAUCUUUGAAAAUAGAAGAGCUUGUGUGGCUAUGACACGGGCAAAGGAGGGGUUGAUCGUCAUUGGGAAUCCCUGGAUUCUGGGGAAAGAUCCCGUUUGGAGGGCCUGGAUGGGGUUCUGCUGGCGGCACAAUUCUGUGGAGAAAGAUCUUUUCGAAGACGAAGAGCCAGAUAAGGCCCUCAACCCCCAAGCGAACGAGAAUGACGUGAUGCUUGGGCACGAAGAUUCCCAACCAAAUAGGGAAAAUCCAUCACUCUCGAAUAGCCAUUCAAAUCACACCAAUGGAAAGUUGGCAGCGACAAUGGAGCUGAAAGUCAACAACUGGCAGCCGCCCGAGGAUGAGAGAGAGACGCCACAGUAUAUCAGUCGUUUGGAGACCGGUUUGGUGUAUAGAUCCAGAGUAAAUAAUGGCUAUACUGGUGCUCUUGGGGCUGUCCAUGGCGGUUUUGACGAGGAUGAUCCAAUGUGGACUGCAGGAAUUGUGGCGGAGGAAGCAGUGAGAGGGGGGGUCGGAAAUGGAGAUCUACUGGGUGAGUAAACCAGUUAUAUUCUCACAUCUUGGAAUAACCCUUAGUAUCUUUAUAUCCUCCAUACGCUUCAACUCAUGUGCCUUUUUCUUCACUUCUUGGCUUGCUCCAUUUUUAUUUAUUUUUUUCUUCCGCAAUAAUUCGUGGCAUCCUUUUUCUACUCCAACCUUAUUUGCUGGUAUUCUACUACCCAACUUUGAUGCAGUUAUGCCGGGAGAUGAAAGGCAAAUAGAAAAAAGGGGAAGAACGAGCCAAAACUGCCGUAUCGCUUACUUAGAAAAGAAAAACAAUUUCUUUCGUUCUCCUAGACUUCGUUCUAUCAGGGAAGAUAGAACACGUCAUAUCUUCAUGCAUUGUCAUCUAACUCUCACGGUUUUUUUCCUUUUUUCCCAGGGGCUAUUCCUGCGAUACCCUCCUCCUAUUAUCCCCACUGUGCCAUGUGGCACCCAAUACCUUGCCCGCCUGCGGGCUAAAUCUGCCUAUCCAAUACUUUCCCCUAUAUCGAGAUGAGAUGCCCUUACUAACGACGGUAUUGGCGAUCCGUCCUUCCUGUGGGGGAUCUAUUGCACCCAAUACCCGAUCCCAACCCAAUCAUCCCGCCCAUCACUAUUUGCAUAAAUUUCGCUUUCAUCUUAUGAAAAAUAUUUUCUUGCACUGCAUCACACCAAAGGAAAAAUAAAGAAAGCUAGAAAACCGAAAAAGCUAACCUGACACACGUCCCAACUGCAGAAGCAACGGCAGGAACCGGUAUGCCGUGGCCACAACACCUCCUGGACAACACCCUCUUCGUAGGCGGGAGCUUGCAAGGCUUGGAUAAGCGGGACUCUAGUGAAGAGGGGGGAGUAGAAGGUGAAGGGGUUGAAGCGGCUGCGGAUGGGGAGCAGGCAGAGCCUGCGGCGAUAACAGGGAAGAAUAAAAAGGGCUUCACUGAAGUCAAGACCACGGAAACGACGCAGACGUCGCUAUUUUCGGCGGGGCCGGGGAAGUGGUGGGGGUGAGUGAGGUGGAGACUAGACUUUCCUGAUGACGGGUCACUUGCUUUUUUUGGGGUCCGUUCUUCCGGGGCGGUUUCGUUUCGUUUCUUCCUGUCUCUCUUUCUUUCUUUUGCCUUUCCUCUGUUUUCUUUUUUUCUUCUUCCCCAUUCCUCCUGGCUCUACUCAUGGAUUACGAUUACGUUGUGUCUAGACGUUGCAUGGCUUCUCACUCGCGUGUUUUCACUGUUAUACUGUUUAGUUAUUUCUUGCUUGGGGUUACCCCACCUUUAAUGUAUUUCCUUCCCUGUCCUUUUGCUUCCUUCCUUAUUUAUUGUCUUUCACAUCCCUACCUAUUCUCAUUCAUCAUUCGUUUGCUGCCGUUUCGUUCGAUUUGCUUCACUCCGGCGCAGCAGGGCAAGGGCGGCAACGUUUAUUUUAGCGUUGCAUUUGCGGUUUCUCUCCUCCAUUCGUCGAUUCUCUAUUAGUCUCAUUGUAUGGCAUGUCAUGUCAUGUAUGAUUGGGGGAUGUUCAGGUCUAGGGUUUUUUUUCUUCUCGUUCUCAGUGCUAGUUAAUGUAGUCAUGAAUGCUAAUCGUUGUUGCAACU